UCUCCCAAUCCCACUUGAGAUUAGGGUUUUGUGUUGGAGAGAAUCAACAACAACGAUGACGCAGGCACAAGAGGCGCUGGAGCAGGUGCAAUGUUUCGGGCGGAAGAAGACGGCGGUGGCCGUGACGUACUGCAAGCGAGGGCGCGGUCUGAUAAAGAUCAACGGCUGCCCGAUCGAGCUGGUGGAGCCGGAGAUCCUCCGGUUCAAGGCCUUCGAGCCGAUCCUCCUCCUCGGCAAGAGCCGGUUCGCGGGCGUGGACAUGCGAAUCCGCGUGAAGGGCGGCGGCCACACCUCGCAGAUUUACGCCAUCCGGCAGAGCAUCGCGAAGGCCCUGGUGGCCUUCUACCAGAAGUACGUGGACGAGCAGAGCAAGAAGGAGAUCAAGGACAUCCUCGUCAGGUACGACCGCACCUUGCUCGUCGCCGAUCCCCGCCGCUGCGAGCCCAAGAAGUUCGGCGGUCGCGGCGCCCGCGCCAGGUUCCAGAAGUCUUACCGUUAGGCUAUCGUUUCUUAUUGUGCUUUCGGUUCAUGUUUUAUGCUGUGGAAAACUUUCGCUCCGAGGAUGCUCUUUUUUUUUUUUUUUGUUUAGAGUUUUCGUGUUACAGAUUUUGUUUCAAUUGAAUUUAAGUGUUACUCCAUUUUGCUUAUGAAAUCGAAAGGCCUUGCGACUCUUCUUCUAGUAUUUGAUGAAAUAUAAUUAAUAUGUUUUCGACUG